UCUCCCCGCGAAGCAAUGGCGGCUUCCUCGUCUCCCUCCUCCGAUCCCUCACCCUCCUCCUCCUCCGAUUCCCCAUCGACCGAGCCCUCAUCAUCAUCAUCUUCCUCGCCUCAUCGAGAUCGCCGUCACCGUCGACGUCACAAGGACGGCAGCAGAACCAAGGAAUCCCUCAAGAUCCGCAGCAGGAAGGAAGACCGAUCUCGAUCGAAGCGGAAGAGAAGGCGCCGAUCCCCUCAAGAUUCACCCUCCUCCUCCUCCUCAUCCUCCUCUGAUGGUUACAGUUCCGGGAGCUCGUCCGGCGGCGAGCGCGAGGAAUCUAGUCGUCUGAAGAGGCACAAACAUAAUGGAAAACUGAAAAAGGACAAGGACAGGAGAUCCCGAAAGCAUAAACGUAACAAGCAUAAACAUAGAGAAGAGAAGCUGAAGGCUGAGAGGGGCAGUAGUCCUGUACAGCUCUCUAAGUUCCUCGGGCGGGACAAAGAGGAUAACGUUCGCUUCAGUGCUGUUUCUGGUAAAAAGAUCCAAUUGAAAGUUGAUAAAUCAAAGCAAGACAAGUUGGCUGAAAACAACCGCAAUGAAUUGCUGAAGUUUCUGAAUGCUAGUUAUGAUUGAUUAGCAAAGAUGGCGGCUCCAAAUUGAACAAGAAUCCGAAGUGUGUUUCUCAAGUUCUUCCCUCGGAAGAUUUAAGUGAGCUCUGCCAUUAGUCAAUACUUUACUUUUGUACUGUAUAAUUCCCUCUUAACUUUCUCUUUUGCUUUAUUUUGUUUACUAUUUGGUGUUUUUUUUCUUCCUCUGUUGCUUGAGUGUUUUAUGGGAAUAUUAUUUAGGUGUUUGAUUGGAUUACUGGUUAUGACGUUGGAAAGGAAUUUGAAACACUUUUGUUGACAGGACAAUCACUUCUCAACCAGUUUUUAUAGGAAAUUUCCAUCGCAUCAUUGUUA